CUCUCUUUAGUGAAACAUUCAAGCCUGAUGAUUGGCUGAGGCGUUAUGUGUCUACGUGUCCAAUGCCGAUGUUCCAUGUUUGCUCCCAGAAGUAAAGUCAGUGUAACCUAGAACAGACUGCCAGCAACAACAUAUCUGUUACUGGCCUGACUGCUGCAGCCUCACCUGCUCUGUCCAGAGGAAAAACCUGAGUUAGAGAAGGUGGAAGAGUAGAGAGGAGAGGAAGAAGAAAGAGAAAGGUGCUGAAGGGUGUGACACAAUGAAAGGAUUAAGUGGGAGGACGAGGUGAGCUGCAGAAUCACAAGAGCGGGAGUGACAAACUGUAACCUGCGUGAGCUGAAGAGGAUGGAUUCACAGUAGGAGAGCAGAUAUCUUUGGAUUAAAGAUGCACAGGAGCCAGCAGGCACCUUUGGAGUCUUGUCACUGAUGGUGUCCCAGUGAUGCAUUUCUUUUCCUGGCUGUGGUACAAGCCGGUUUAAUAAGUGGAGGAGGCGCGUGGAUAAAUAAUCCCAUGCAUACAAAUGAAGCCAAUACAUGCAAAUCUGCAUGGGUGACACUCAGGCUUUAGCCAAGGUUUCUGUGUUUGUCUGCAAAAAGACUUAAAAAGUAUGGAUUUUCAGGAUCAGAAAGACAGCAACAGCUCUUGUCAUCAAGCGGACACACCAAACUUUUCAUCACCUCAGCACUGGGCAUCAACAUCUUUUCAAAGUCCAAUCAGUCAUGAAGUACUGAGUAUAUCAUCUUUGGUCCCUUCUACAGUCCUCACACUCAUGCCCCAGUAUAAACCCACAACUAAUGGAAACCCACAUCCAGAAGAUCUGCCCUUUUCUGAUGAAACCCCAGAACCUCUUGAAGCAUCACCUCCUCAUUCAGUGUCCUCAGAAGCCCAAGAUCAAAAAAAUGUGACAUCAGCAGCUCCUUGUAGUGAUAAUCCUCAAGAAGUUCAGCAGAGGAUUCAAACAGAUGGAGGUCCACUGCAGGACACAUCAAUAGGUAUCAUGUUUCCAAAAGAGCUACAUGGUGGAGUGCCAGAUGCAAGAUCCCAUGCCUGUACAUCUCGUGACCUGUUAAUGUUUGUGGGAAUCUUUGUCACCAUAAAAGUGAUUAUCGCUUCUGCUCUUUUAGUUAAGUUCUUGCUGUUUCCCUCUGAGGUGGGCGAAUCACCUCCUCUCUGUGGUGGGAAAGGGAGCUGCACUGUCCCAACCCAGAGGCCCAUUCUGUCCAAGAAUCCAGUGAACCAGACAGGAAAUAUGACUGCAGACUGCUCAGUUCUGGUCAGCAAAGGUCAGCGUAUUGUUGGAGGAACCUUAGCUACAAAGAACGAGUGGGGCUGGCAAGUCAGCAUGCAAUGGAAGGGGAAACACGUCUGUGGUGGUGCCAUCAUCUCACCUCGUUGGGUGAUCACUGCAGCACACUGCUUUGUUGAAAAUAACAUGCUUCAAGUAGCUGACUGGACAGUGGUGGCAGGCACUGUAAGCAUUGGACAGAGCUCUCUGGGGCAACACUACAGGGCACUGCAGAUCCUCUACCACCCUGACUUUAAGGACAAUGACUAUGACGUGGGACUGUUGCGCACCAUAAUUGACAUGGACAUGACGAGUGGGGUCCGACCGGUCUGUUUACCCAGUCCAACCGAGUCCUUUCUUGGUGGAUCAGACUGCUGGAUCACAGGCUGGGGAUACGUAAAUGAAAACAAAGGCUAUGUGUCGGAAGAGUUAAGGGAGGCUCAUGUUAAGGUAAUAGCUCAAUCCAUCUGCUCUGACUUGAGUGUCUAUGGUCUCUUGAUAACUCCUCGAAUGAUUUGCGCUGGGAGCAUGGACGGAGGGGUGGACUCUUGCCAGGGGGACAGUGGUGGACCACUUGUGUGUAAGACAUCUAAAGGGGAUUGGAAGCUGGCAGGCGUGGUGAGUUGGGGAGAGGGAUGUGCACGGCCUAAUAAACCAGGCGUCUACAGCAGAGUAACUGAACUGCUUCAAUGGAUUGAAAGAUACAUAGAUACAUAGGAUAAAGCAGAGGAUUCGGCCGAGACCACCACAGCUGUUUCCUCAACACCUCAAAAUCUGACACUGAGAUAACUGACAAUAAAGAUCGACUUGUAUCUGUCUGCCUAUCAGUGUUGUUCAUUCUACAAUAGCGUGCACUGUCACUAUUGACAGUUAUAGAAAUUUACUGGUGUACAAUGUCACUAUUAUCUGUGGUAGAAAUUUACUGCCAGUAAUGAUACAUUUGUAAAAAUUUAUCAGGACUGGCAUGAAAGUGUAGCUGACAGAACAACAAAUAAAUCAAAGUGAAAAUGGGAUUGUAUAACCUGUCUGAUCGCGGCUGCUGACCACAAAUUUUAACAGUUAUCACAGUGCAUGGCGCCUCUUUAGUGUCUAAGUGCACCAAAUUUAAUUGCUGGUGUAUAGAUUAGUGCGACUUUUCAGGUUCAAGGUACACUAGAUGAAAAUAACCUGAUAACCUAUGUUAGCUAAAUUUGAAGUACUGAUAAACUGUAGAACCAAACAGUUUCUGAUAUUUUUCCUUCGAUUGUGUUAUAUAAUUAUUAGUACUAAAGACUAGUAUGACAAGUAAGACUAGAUGAACCAGAUAUUAUAAAUAAAACCAAUUAUUCAUUAUUUCAAAACAAAUGAAUAAUAAUUACAUUUUGAAAACUUAUAUUAUGUUUUCAAUGGGUUUCUCAUACUCUUUAAGUGUGUUCA